AUGAAUGGACUAUGUUGCUGCACUCCGUGCAAACCGAGGUAUACUUUCGUGAGAGUCUGUAGAUAAAAAAGUAAACUUAGAUAUCGGCGACUGGUUGAUUCGAUAUAUCCGAGAGCAGUCACCGAUGGGCUCCUCCAUUCCAAUAUGCAGAAAUUAACAUUCUAUGCGAUCUCUCAUCCCGAAAAACUGGAACGGAUAGGAGAAUAUUUGGUGAUGCGGAUGGUGCGAGAUCUCAGUCGACAACGGCCGGUACAAGUCAAAGUAAGAAUAUUACAAAAAAAGAAAAAUAAAAUUGAUUAACGUGCCCAGAUUGCCGUCGAGGCGAUGGAUCAGCUUCUCCAGGCGUGUCACAGCUCCCCCAGUCUUCCACAGUUCAGCGAGAAUCACCUUCGGAUGGUUCAGCGACUUUUGGAAAGCAACAACGCGAAAAUGGAAGUGGGUGGCAAGUGGGAGGAAUACAUAAUUAGCUGUAGUAUUUCAGCAACUGGCCACUGACUCAUUCGUCACAUUCUCCAAUAUUGAAGAGAGUUCUCCAUCAUACCAUCGCCAAUACGACUUUUUCAUCGAUAAGUUCUCCCAAAUGUGCCACGCGAAUCCUCAAGCAGCCUACGGAGACGACUUCCGACUGGCUCGAUGCGCAGGACUACGAGGAUUACGAGGCGUCGUCUGGAAAUCAGUCACCGACGAUCUUCAUCCGAACAUUUGGGAGCAGCAGCACAUGGAUAAGAUUGUACCUUCAAUACUGUUCAAUCUGCAAGAACCGGAUGAGUCCGGUAUGGGAUUCUCCUCGUCGCAAUUGCCGAAAUUCGAUACGUCGUUCUCUGAACCUGCCCAAUCGCAUCGAGGCGACGAUGAGGCAACCCCGAAAGUGCUGUCCGAUCGAUGUUUACGUGAGCUGAUGGGCAAGGCUUCAUUUGGAUCUCUGCGGGCAGUUAUUGAGCCUGUCCUCAAACACAUGGAUCUCCACAAAAGAUGGACUCCGCCGCCGUCGUUCGCGAUCCAUGUUUUCCGAGCAAUCAUCUACAGCAUUCAGAGUCAGAAUAGUUAUUUUGUGAUUCAAGAAUUGAUAAAUCAUCUGGACAGCAUGUGCUCGGCGGACGCCUCCACUCGCAUCGGAAUAGCAACUGUACUCUCGAGUAUUGUCUCCAUUGCUGGAACUUCCAUAGGACCCCUCCUUCUCUCUAUUUUCAAUUCACUAUUGAAGCAUCUCCGCACCUCCGUCGACUUCGAGAGAAGCGGAAAGUGCAGCGAUCAGCCGGCGGAGAAAAUGUAUCAAGAAGCACUUAUCAAUGCGAUGGGAGACUUUGCUAACGCGCUUCCGGACUAUCAAAAGGUCGAAAUGAUGAUGUUCACUGUGGGAAACAUUCCGAAUCUGGACGAGCGGAAGUCGAAGCAAGGCGAUGAAUUCCUGCAACACGUGCUAGUGAAGACUCUCCUGAAGGUUGCCACCAAGUACCGGACUGCAUACUUGGCCACUGUGUUCACCGAUUCUUUCCUCGACACUCUCCUGCUUCUUGCUUUGGUUCGUGACCCGCAAGUCAGACUGGCCACUCAACACAUCUUCCACACAUUACUUGACAGGUAAAUCAAAAGGAUGUUCAUUUUCAAUUAAAAAGUUCUUUCAGACAUGACAACGCUGCCAAUCUCGUUCAUCUCGGAUACGAGCUGGACGUGUCAGAUGUGCAGUUGACCGUGGAGAAGUGUUCCCGAGCUGAUCAGAUGUUCAUGCGCAAGCACAUCGGCGAGAUCACCAACAUGCUCUUUAGAGCUGUUGCGGCUGCCGACGAGGACGAUCUGAACACCCACAUCGACGCUAUUCUGUGCACGAUGAGCCUUUUGUGCAUCGAAGUAGGGUUUGAUGAAUCGCUCAUCGAGCUAUUCCGUCUCUCCCUGGCACUUCAGCAAAUAGCUCUCGAUACGAAGCAGAACUUCAGCGAUGCGAAGCGUAAUGCCAUUCAUAACAUGGUCGCCAAAUACAUAAACCUGUCUGCACAGCUAAUUGCGAAUCCUUCGCUCUGUCAGCAUGUGCAGCACGUCGUGUCUUGUCGAGCACAACGUGGAAUCCCCGGUCUCAAUCUGCUGCUCAACAAAAAAGAUUCACCAUUGAAUGACGAUCCUCUAUCUUCGACUGCUGUGAACGCAUCCGUCGAUGCGAAUUCUCAGACGACGAUAGCUGAGAACGACCGCACCUUGCUGUUCAAUGUCGACGAUGUGGCGGAGUCACUGAAAGCUUCUGGAAAAGAUGCGUCCCGCCUGUUCGUUGCGUUCAAUUUGUCUGUGAACGGACGAACAAACGACAUGAACGGCGCCAGUGACUCGCAGAACUUUGAUACGACGGACGGAAGAGAGUCUCCGAACGCGUUCAAAACAAGUGGAAUCGACGAUGUUUCCGUUGAUAUGUCAGUCGAUUGGACGCCGCCAAUGAGCAGAAAGCAGAGCAGGAGGAACACGAUAUUCUCGAUCGUUAACCCUACAAGUGAGUAAAGGCGCGAAAGCUCAUUUAAAUCCAUAAAAAGUUUCAGAAUUGAAUGCCUCAACUGUUGACGAUCUCAAAACAUACGCUAAUGCAGCGUUCGACCCAGUGGAGGAAGACCGAAAGGAGAGGGAACUCGCUGAAAACAUUCUCUCGGAAAUUCGGAAUACAGAAUUCGAGCAACGCGUCGCCGCUAACGAGUCUCUCAACGAAACGAGUGAUCUCUCCAAAUCGAUCGGACGUCUUCUUGCCAGAAAUGCGGACACGACGAGGGUAAGAGACAUCGGAAGGCCAACGAAACCGAAGAAUGUAUUUGAAAUCGAACUCCCCUCUUUUGCAUACUAAACAAGCUUUUUAUAAUUUUUCAACUAAUUUAUUUAAAUGUAUAUUACUCAUAGGGAAGAAUUAGCAUAAACAGUGUUAUCCGCUUUUUCUUGUACAAAGACCAUCUCCAACAUCACCUUGAUUCGCUAACUUUAUUACCAGAUGUCGUUAUCAGUCACUUCUUUUUCUCACUGACCGAUCAAAUGGACGGGUCGAUUGGGAGACGAAAGUGAACGGAGAAGAACGAAGAAGAACAAGGAGGAGCAGAGACAGAAGAGAAUCGGUGGACGACGAAAGGAGGGGCCUCCGAAAGCGAACUGGUCAGUCGGUAGAUUCAGUCCCCCGGGAACAAGACACUCGUAGAGGCUGUGUGAACUGAUCUGAACGAAUUCUGCGUGUGAUUGUUCAUCGGGGAGUAGGGUUGCAUAACAGGCGCCUGUUCUGCAACCCUAUCGGGGAGUGUUCACGUCACUGGGGAAAGCUCUGAAAUUAGAGAAAUGCACAUGUUUCAUUUCCAUUUUCCGGUGUUUGCAACGUCUCAAACAGUUUUCCCCCAUCGGAAGGUGUAACCUGCUACUUUGACCAUUCACAUUUUGAUCAGAAACCUAUCUGCAUGGGGAUUCCUCCCAGGGUCGCUAUAAAAGCGCGGUUCUGCGAGAAACCGAUAGACGUCAGAAUGAGAAAUUCAGCGGUUCUCGCCUCGAUCAGUCUCAUUUUCGCUCUCUUUUUCGUCUCUUCAAACGCACAGUGGCAACAGCAAUGGACCCCGCAGCAACUGGCCGCUUAUCACCAGCAAUACUACAAUAAUUGGUAAGGGAGAUGAGAAAAAAGCAUCGAAUUGGGAAGGAAACUGGAAUGAUUCAGGUACUGGCAGCAGCAGAGACUUCAGCUGCAGCAGGCGGCCACCACGACUGCUGCUCCGGCUCCGUCGUCGGGCGUUCAGCAUCAUCCGGUGUGGGGACGAGUAGAGACGGACGAUAAAGGAAACAUGUGGGUCGGCGAUGACGUGGCAAAGGUCCAAAUCAUCUCCAGAUACUCGCCGUCAUAA